CUGUUAGUCAGCCAAAUAUUAUAGUAACACCUCCAGACCUGCCAGUACUAAGUAUAAUAUUAAUAAUAUCUGAAAUAAAGCUCCAGCAUGUUAUAAAAGCAGUAGCUGUACACAAACACUCAUCACUGGUAACCUACAGUAAAAGGAUUGUUCAGUAUUAGUUCUAUACAGCAAGUCAAGACAAGAUGGAUUCCUGUUCUUAUUUUAAGCUGAUAGGAUGCUUCAUUCUUAUUAGCAUUGCUACUGCACAGGCUCAAUCUACACCUUGUCACCCUCGUGAUUGUAAGGAAGCAUAUGAAAGUGGUAACACAUGCAGUGGAGUAUAUACUAUCAAACCUGAUAAACUACCAGCCUUUGAGGUUUAUUGUGAUAUGAGUAAUGGAGGUGGAUGGACUGUAUUUCAAAGGAGAAUGGAUGGUUCUGUUGACUUUUUUCUCAACUGGGCUGAUUAUGAAAAAGGAUUUGGAGACCUCAACGAAGAGUUCUGGCUGGGACUUAACAAGAUAAACCGACUUACUGCAGGACAAAGCAAUAACCUCCGUGUUGACUUGGCAGAUUUUGAUGGGAAUAAGAAGUAUGCUACUUAUUCUACUUUUGAUGUAGGGAAUGCAGCUGUUAAUUACACACUGACUGUGUCUGGAUACGGAGGCAAUGCUGGAGAUGGUCUGAGCUAUCAUAAUGAAGCGGAGUUCUCUACUAAGGAUCGAGACAAUGACCAAUUCUCCAGGAUAAGCUGUGCAACAUAUUAUGGCGGAGCUUGGUGGUAUAAAGCUUGUUAUCAAUCAAACCUCAAUGGUCUCUAUUUGAUUGGAUAUAACAAAACAGAGAAAGGUGUCAAUUGGUCUGAGUUCCCUAUUAGGUACUACUCCCUAAAAAGUAGUGAGAUGAAACUCAGAAGGAGCGACUAAUGUCCACUGGAGAAUGAACAAUUCAUUAUUAUUCAUUAGUAGCAGUACACUGCAGUAGUUUAAUAUACAUGUACAUCUUCUAUACAUGCAAUGUCAAAUAUAUUAAAUUUCAAGUGAACAGAAAAGUCUUUGAUGAUUUCUUGAAA